GUGGGAGGAGGGUGGCGAGGCAGCGAUGAGCUGAGGCUGGGGCGGAGAGAUUAGGAGGUGCGGCGAAGCCCUACCCCACCUAUCCUAACCCCGGCCGCGGCCCCUGCCCCAGUCCGGCAGCCCCUGGGUCAGCCUGCCUGCGGGACCGCAGGGAAGCGGGGCGGCCUGCCCAGUUUUCGGCCUGCUGUCGCAGCGCCCUGGGGUUCCUCAGCCCCGUUCCCUUUGUCUUUCUUUCCCUCCGCCUUAGAUCCAGGACCAUGGCUCAGCAGCAGACUGCCCCGAGCCCGGCCGAACUUGAGUUUGGGGGGCCCCUGGGGACCGCUGCCCUGCUGCUACUGCUCCCUCUCACCCUCUUCCAUCUGCUCCUCACCUGCCACUCGGGCCCCUGCAGCCUGCUGAGUCUGCCCCCGGAGCUGCCCCCGCUCUCUGCCUUCUGGAGCUCGGGGGCGCUGCUGCUGCUGCUGUUCUGGCUGGGCUUCCAGGCCACGCUCUACCUGCUGCCCAUGGGCCAGGUGACUGAGGGCAGGAUGCUGAGAGACAAGAGCCACCUGCAGUACCCACUUAAUGGGUUCCGGUGCCUGGGGCUGACAGCCCUGCUGGUGGGCCUGGGGCUGGCGGGGGGCCUGCCCCUUGGGAACCUCUCCGAGAUGCUCCUGCCACUGGCUUCAGCAGCCACGGUGACAGCCUUCUUCCUCAGCCUCUUCCUCUACCUCAAGUCCUUUACGGUGCCUCCCUCGGCCCUGGCCCCUGGGGGAAAUUCAGGGAACCCUGUUUAUGACUUCUUCCUUGGCCGAGAACUCAACCCUCGUUUUGGAUCCUUUGACCUCAAAUAUUUCUGUGAGCUGCGGCCAGGACUGAUGGGCUGGGCCUUGAUUAACCUGGCUCUGCUGCUGCGGGAGGCUGAGCGCCAGAGGGGGUGGCCUUCCCUGGCCAUGGGGCUGGUCAGUGCUUUCCAGUUUAUCUACGUGGCUGAUGCUCUCUGGUACGAGGAGGCAGUUCUUACCACCAUAGACAUCAUCCAUGAUGGCUUUGGCUUCAUGCUGGCUUUUGGGGACUUGGUCUGGGUCCCCUUCAUCUACAGUCUGCAAGCCCAGUUCCUUCUGAACCAUCCCCAGGCCCUGGACCUGCCUGUGGCUGGGGCCAUCUGUCUGCUAAAAGUGAUCGGCUACGUUAUCUUUCGUGGGGCCAACUCCCAGAAGAACACCUUCCGGAGGAACCCUUCUGACCCCAGUGUGGCUGGGCUUGAGACCAUCCCCACGGCGACAGGGCGGCACUUGCUGGUGUCAGGGUGGUGGGGCCUGGUCCGCCAUCCAAACUAUCUUGGAGACCUCAUCAUGGCUCUGGCCUGGUCCCUGCCCUGUGGGGUGACACACCUCCUUCCCUACUUCUACUUUUUCUACUUUGUCAUCCUACUGGUGCACCGAGAGUACCGCGAUGAGCGCCAGUGCCUCCAGAAGUAUGGCCUGGCUUGGCGGGAAUACUGCAGGAGAGUGCCUUACCGCAUAGUGCCCUACAUCUACUGAGCCAGCCUGGCUGGCCAUGGCCAACCGAUGAGGGAACAGGACCAGGGCUGGGGGGCCCUGCCCUCAGCCCCCCAUCGUUGGAGCUUUCCUCCCUAGACUGAUCAAGUGGUUGUGGCUCCAAGUCGAGGUGCAGACGGCACUUCCUCUUCCACUUCAGUCCCCUUGGAUGGCUGGACAUACUCUCCAAUGACUACGAGAGGGGGGAAGGAGGCAUGCAGGUGGGCACCCGGAAUAGAGCUCUGAUGGUAGAACCUG